CCUUGCAUGGGCACUCCACACUCUUCAUGAACUGUUGGCCUGCAUAGAUAUAGUAGAUACAGAUAGUCUUCGCAAGUUUUCUUCACCAUUUCAUUAAAGCCCACUAUUUCACUUGAACGGCCCAUUACAUUUUCAGGCAAUGAACAUGUCUAAGAGAACUCCAUUUCCGGGGGCCUUUUUCCCAAAAGGACUCUUCUUCCUCCUCUCCCUGUCUCUGUUGAUUCUGUAUUCCUCGGAUGCAGAUGGAAACCCAGCGGCGGCAACCAAAGAACACCAAAUGACUUUCCCCUCCUCCACCACAGAAAUCCCACAUACCCUGAUGCCUCGGGUCACAGAGGUCUUCUUUGUGGAAAGUAAAAUCCCUACCAUCCCAAAAGGAGCAUUUGUGGCCAAUCCUCAGCUUGAAAAGGUGGAGUUCUUAAACACGCCCACAGUGUCCGUGGAGGCCAGGGCCUUUGAGGGUUUGGACAGCCUCAAGGACCUUGAGAUCGUCGGCACUCUGCUCACGUCCAUCGCAGCGGGAGUCUUCGCCGAAGUCCCACACUUGGAGUCGCUGGUGCUGAAGUCCAACCAGCUUCGGGGUCUUCAGAGAGGUCUGUUUGACGGCCUAAUAAAACUGACACAGCUCCAGCUCCACAUGAAUAGUAUCCAAUCCAUAGAGGACGGCACCUUCGAUGAGCUCAAGAGCCUAGAGAGCCUGCAUUUAGCCAAAAACAACCUGACGUCUAUCUCCCCCAGCCUCUUCUCACAACUCGACGCACUGCAGACGUUACGGCUCUACGAAAACCAACUCACCUCUGUCCCAGAAGAGGUCUUCCUUCCUUUACCCAAUCUGCUGGAAAUUGCAUUACAGGGAAAUCAAAUAACUCAACUAGCACCAAGACUUUUUCCACAUAAAGACAAAUUAAGGAAACUAUCCUUGGACAACAAUCUUCUCACUGCUUUACCACCAGAGUAUUUCACUGGCUUCAGUCUGCUCAAAACACUGACACUGCAUGCAAAUCAACUGACUGGUCUGCCAGCGCUUUUGUUCGGAGGCACGCCAAAAUUAACCGAGGUGAGGCUCCAUCAAAACAACCUAAGCAGUCUUCCUAGUGGAGUAUUCAGCCCCCUGACUAACUUAAAGGAAUUAGAUCUGUCCAAAAACCAUUUUGAAACUUUAUCUUCGGAAUAUUUUGACGGCAUUGCAAAGCUUAAAAAGCUAUAUUUAUCAAACAACAAACUCAGAACAUUGAAUGCAAACGUAUUUGAAAAGGUAACAUCGGUAACGAUCCUUAAGCUAUCAGGCAAUAUGCUGGAGAACCUUCCGGAAGAUAUUUUUGAACCUUUGAAAGCCCUGAUAAGAGUGGACCUCAAUGAUAAUCCCUGGCGUUGUGAUUGCAAUUUCAUUUAUUUAUACCAAUGGAUGAAAGACAACUCUAAAGUGCUAACUCACACUCCUCCUGUGGUGUGUACGUUUCCAAAUGAUUUAAGUGGAAGGGAGGUGAUUUCACUAACAGAGGAUCAACUUGUGUGCCCCACCCUGGCUCCAACCACCACUCCUUUACAUACCACUACCAUGCCAACCACCGCCCCAUCUACCACUACCAUGCCAACCACCGCCCCAUCUACCACUACCAUGCCAACCACCGCCCCAUCUACCACUACCAUGCCAACCACCGCCCCAUCUACCACUACCAUGCCAACCACCGUCCCCACUACAACCACCAUGUCACCGUGUGUGUGUGUAUGUGUUUGGGGGGGGUUACAUGUGACAGAUUGCACGUUACGAAGGCCACGCCUUGCAUGGGCACUCCACACUGUUCAUGAACUGCUGGCCUGCAUAGAUAUAGUAGAUAGAAUGGUCUUCUUCACCAUUUCAGUUUUCUUCACCAUUUCAUUAAAGCCCACUAUUUCACUUGAACGGCCCAUUACAUUUUCAGAUGGAAACCCAGCGGCGGCAACCAAAGAACACCAAAUGACUUUCCCCUCCUCCACCACAGAAAUCCCACAUACCCUGAUGCCUCGGGUCACAGAGGUCUUCUUUGUGGAAAGUAAAAUCCCUACCAUCCCAAAAGGAGCAUUUGUGGCCAAUCCUCAGCUUGAAAAGGUGGAGUUCUUAAACACGCCCACAGUGUCCGUGGAGGCCGGGGCCUUUGAGGGUUUGGACAGCCUCAAGGACCUUGAGAUCGUCGGCACUCUGCUCACGUCCAUCGCAGCGGGAGUCUUCGCCGAAGUCCCACACUUGGAGUCGCUGGUGCUGAAGUCCAACCAGCUUGGUGGUCUUCAGAGAGGUCUGUUUGACGGCCUGAUAAAACUGACCCAGCUCCAGCUCCACAUGAAUAGUAUCCAAUCCAUAGAGGACGGCACCUUCGAUGAGCUCAAGAGCCUAAAGAGCCUGCAUUUAGCCAAAAACAACCUGACGUCUAUCUCCCCCAGCCUCUUCUCACAACUCGACGCACUGCAGACAUUACGGCUCUACGAAAACCAACUCACCUCUGUCCCGGAAGAGGUCUUCCUUCCUUUACCCAAUCUGCUGGAAAUUGGAUUACAGAGAAAUCAAAUAACUCAACUAGCACCAAGACUUUUUCCACAUAAAGACAAAUUAAGGAAACUAUACUUGGACAACAAUCUUCUCACUGAUUUACCACCAGAGUAUUUCACUGGCUUCAGUCUGCUCAAAACACUGACACUGCAUGCAAAUCAACUGACUGGUCUACCAGCGCUUUUGUUCGGAGGCACGCCAAAAUUAACCGAGGUGAGGCUCCAUCAAAACAACCUAAGCAGUCUUCCUAGUGGAGUAUUCAGCCCCCUGACUAACUUAAAGGAAUUAGAUCUGUCCAAAAACCAUUUUGAAACUUUAUCUUCGGAAUAUUUUGACGGCAUUGCAAAGCUUAAAAAGCUAUAUUUAUCAAACAACAAACUCAGAACAUUGAAUGCAAACGUAUUUGAAAAGGUAACAUCGGUAACGAUCCUUAAGCUAUCAGGCAAUAUGCUGGAGAACCUUCCGGAAGAUAUUUUUGAACCUUUGAAAGCCCUGAUAAGAGUGGACCUCAAUGAUAAUCCCUGGCGUUGUGAUUGCAAUUUCAUUUAUUUAUACCAAUGGAUGAAAGACAACUCUAAAGUGCUAACUCACACUCCUCCUGUGGUGUGUACGUUUCCAAAUGAUUUAAGUGGAAGGGAGGUGAUUUCACUAACAGAGGAUCAACUUGUGUGCCCCACCCUGGCUCCAACCACCACUCCUUUACAUACCACUACCAUGGCAACCACCGCCCCAUCUACCACUACCAUGGCAACCACCGCCCCAUCUACCACUACCAUGGCAACCACCACCCCAUCUACCACUACCAUGCCAACCACCGCCCCAUCUACCACUACCAUGCCAACCACCGUCCCCACUACAACCACCACCAGCCCCACUACUACCAUCCCAACUACCACCCCCACUACAACCACCACCGCCCCCACUACAACCACCACCGCCCCGCCUACUACCUUCCCAAACACCACCACCCCGCCUACUACCAUCCCAACCACCACCACCCCCACUACAACCACCACCACCCCGCCUACUACCAUCCCAACCACCACCACCCCCACUACAACCUUCCCAACCACCACCCAAAUGACAACUACCACAAGCACCCCAACUACAACCACCACCCCCACCACUACCCCAACCACCAUCCUAGCCACAACAACCAUCCCAACAACCACCACCGCCCCCACAACGACUGCCAUCCCAACCACAGUAACCAUCCCAACCACCACCCCCACUACAACCAUCCCAACCACCACCCCUACCACCACCACCACCACCACCCCUACCACCACUACCACCACCACCACCACCCCCACCCCAACCACCACAACCGCAACGACUACCACCCCAACCGCCGCCGCGACAGCCACCCCCGUGCCCGCCACCGCCCCAACGACACCUACGCCCACUACAAACGCCCUAACCACCGCUCCCCCUACCGCCCUCAUCACGUCAAGAACAACAACAGCAGCGCUUGCAACAAUAAUGACAACCUGGCCAACUCUUUUAACUACAACAGCACCAGCGAAAACGACCUGUGCAAUAGCCAGCACUACCACAACAACGCAACCUACUACCACGUCACCCUCGACAACCACAAUUACAACUCUUAGCACUCCAUCACCCGGCGCUACCAUGGCAACAACCCCACCAACACCGAGGCACACCCCGGUAGUCUUCUUCACUUGCCCCAUGGAGCCCGGACACCAACCCCCACCGCUCCGCCACUAUCAGCCGAGCUGCCGGCGCAGGAGCAAGGUGGAGCAGUGCAAGGCCAGGUUCACCCUGUACACCACCCUGCUGGUGCUGGAGGUCAUCUGCACGCUGGUGCUGGGAAAGUUAGUUUGGUCUCUGUACAGUCUGCUGCAGGAGAGGGAGGGGACGGACGACAGGGUCGACCUCACCCGCUUCUCCUACCGGAAGGAAUUCGUCCGGAGGCCACUCCCCGAGGCAGAGACCGUCAGGCUUUGAGGUGUCUGGGGUUUGCGUGCGCGCUUUGCUUCGUCGGCUUCCGACGUUUUUUCUCAACGUAAAACAAUCUUCGCUCGAAAAUCCUGUGUACGAAAUGAUAUCAGUUUUUUUUUUUUUUUUGGUAUUUGCUUGUGGAUUAUUUAUUGUGGAUUACUGGAAGUUGAAGUAGGGUAGCAUUGUUUUAUUAUUAUGAUGCCAGGAAUAGGUAAUUUCCCUGUUUGCCAGAAGAGGGAACCAGAAAUACAUGAAGCAGAAAGCAAGGUGGAUAAUUAACUAAUGUGAAAUGUAAAACAAAAGCUUUUCUCUGUAAAUUAUAGUUAUUAACUAUGCACAUUGUUGAUUGUAUAUAAGUGUGUAUACUCCAAAUCGACCUGGUUCAGAGCUGCCAGCCUGAUGGACAUGCUUGCUUGGGAAAGACAGACUGUCAGACAAACAGUGUGUGGUACGUGCACCUAACCUACGCUUAACCAUCUGUGUGUAGAGGGACGACGUUCAUACUUUCUCUUAAUCCCCUGUUUCUGGCUCACUGUUCUGAGUGGCAGGAGUCCAGUCUAGAUUGAUGCCAGUUUUGUGGAUUAAAGUGACAACGUGUU